AUGAUAGUUGCUGUAACCCUUUUCAUUACUCUUUAAAAUCUUUUUCUUGCCUAAACCUUAAUUUUCUUUUUUUUUUCCGUCAGGUAUGGUUGGGACUUCCUUGAGCACACGUACCUGUAUCAUCUGACUCGAAGAGAUAUACGUCACAAUUUUUCUCCAUAUUUCUACAUGUUGUACCUUAAAGCUGAAAGUGACUGGAGCAUCAGCCUGGGUCUCAUCGCCUUUCUUCCUCAGAUAAUUUUACUCUGUGUGGUAUCUGGAGCCUAUUAUAAAGACCUGGAGUUCUGCUGCUUUCUCAAUAUCUCUAUUUUUGUGAGCUUCAACAAAGUAUGCACAUCCCAGUAUUUCCUCUGGUAUCUCUGUCUCCUGCCACUUAUUAUGCCUGGACUGCAGAUGUCAUUGCAACAUGGAAUAUUUAUACUAAUUUUGUGGUUUUUGGGACAGGCUUUGUGGCUGGCUCCAGCCUAUUACUUGGAAUUUGAAGGAAAAAACACAUUUCUUCAAGUGUGGAUAGCUGGAUUGCUUUUUCUCAUUAUAAAUUGUUAUAUUCUUAUACAAAUUAUAACUAGAUACAAACCAAAGGAAGAAAGAGCAAAGGAUAAAUGCCAGUAGGUA